AUGCAACCGUUCGAGGAGCGGCAAACGAGCUUGGGUAACAGCGAGUGCUCAGCUAGGACGCGCCCCGAUGCCUGCGACCCAUCACGUCACUGCUUCUCCUCGGAUGGAAUCGCAAACCGAAUGGACGAGCAUCCCCAUCUGACACCCCUGCAGAUCCGAUUUUUCGAAGGAAGCUUGGUCUCAGUGUCCGACACGAUCAAGGACGAGCAAAUACACGACAACCCCACAAUCAUUCAUUGA